AUGGUAAGAGCGUGUGGUGUGCUCAACUGUACAUCGACGGGUAAUAUGCCAUCUCAUAUUUUCCCGAUAAAUACACAGAUUCGUGAAAAAUGGAUAAAAAGUUUAAUUUUGAAACCCUACAAAGAAAAUGAAAUUAAUAAACUGCGAGUAUGUUAUAAACAUUUUAAGGAAAGUGAUUAUAUUGGUAGUUCUAAGCUUCGAAGAUUAAUUCGGACUGCUGUUCCCUUUAUGACAACAGAUACAACACAAAUAAACAAUAUUACAAAAAGUCAGAAAAAGAAAGUAUUGCAACAUCAUGAAACAUUUACUGUUGACUUACAACGGAAUGUCGCACAGAUGCAAAUGAACAUAGAAUUAUCUGAACAAGAGAAACAGCAGGAGAAUGUCACUCAGAUGCAAAUAGAUAUAGAAAACUUGUCUGAACAAGAAGAGAAACAGCAAGAAAAUGUUGCUCAGAUGCAUAUAGACAUAAAAAACUUGUCUGAACAAGAAGAGAAACAGCAAGAGAAUGUAGCUCAGAUGCAUAUAGACAUAGAAAACUUGUCUGAACAACAAGAGAAACAACAUGAGAAUGUUGCACAGGUGCAAUUAAACAUAGAAAGAUUGUCUCGACAACAAGAGAAACAGCACGAGAAUGCUGCACAGGUGCAAUUAGACAUAGAAAGAUUGUCUCAACAACAAGAACAGCACGAGAAUGUUGCCCAGGUGCAAUUAAACUUAGAAAGAUUGUCUCAACAACAAGAACAGCACGAGAAUGUUGCCCAGGUGCAAUUAAACUUAGAAAGAUUGUCUCAACAACAAGAACAGCACGAGAAUGUUGCCCAGGUGCAAUUAAACUUAGAAAGAUUGUCUCAACAACAAGAACAGCACGAGAAUGUUGCCCAGGUGCAAUUAAACUUAGAAAGAUUGUCUCAACAACAAGAACAGCACGAGAAUGUUGCCCAGGUGCAAUUAAACUUAGAAAGAUUGUCUCAACAACAAGAACAGCACGAGAAUGUUGCCCAGGUGCAAUUAAACUUAGAAAGAUUGUCUCAACAACAAGAACAGCACGAGAAUGUUGCCCAGGUGCAAUUAAACUUAGAAAGAUUGUCUCAACAACAAGAACAGCACGAGAAUGUUGCACAGGUGCAAUUAGACAUAGAAAGAUUGUCUCAACAACAAGAACAGCACGAGAAUGUCACUCAGCUGCAACUAAACAUAGAAAGAUUGUCUCAACAAGAAAGUUUCAUGCAGUUGCAAACAAGUAUAGAAAAAUUAUCCCAAAUACAAAUACAACAUUGUAAUCAAAUACAAGAACUAAAACAAAAUAUCCGACUUUUUAAAACGCACCAAAAUUCACAAGCAAGAAGUUCUAAUCUGGCAAAAAUAACACGGAGGAUGAAUUUGUCUCCAACAGCACAAACAUUUUAUGACAAUAAUAUAAAAUUGAAAGCGCAAAAGAGACGUAUGAAAAGGGCUAUAAACAGAAUGAAACUAAAAAACAAAAUUGAGAAAAUAGUAUUAAAUAGGGGAAAAUAUAAAGACCGAGUGGAUAGAACUACAAAAAUACGAGAAAACUUCAUCAAUAUGAUGAUGAGAAAUAAUGACAUCUCACCACAGGUAACAUAA